AUGAAAACUAGUACUGGAAUAUCAUUGUGUGUACUGACUAUAGUGUUUUUAUUUGGUUUUGAGUGCGUUUUUUGUGACUUAGAAGAAGAUUUUCGUGUGUUAAGUAAACAAGUGUCAAUACUAUUGGAUAAAAGGAAAGAAGAUGUGAAAAUUAUAGAAGAGCACAUGAAAAAAGCUAUUUUUGAAAUGCCAGAAAUUGUAGAAAUGAGAAAUCAAAUUAAAAAACUAAGAUCAACUUUCCAACAAAAUGCAGGUGGUUCGGAAAAAUUGGAGAAAAACGAUAUACUGACAAUAAAAUGGCUAUAUAACUCAGUUGAGCAGCUGAAGACGGAAGUAUCAGAAAUCCAAGAAUCGUUAAAUUCCUCCAAAAUAUUGGAAAAUCAUGAAAGAGCUGAAACCAAACUGACGUUACUUCAAAGCGAUAUGUCAAAUUUAAACGCAGAGCUAGAAACGGCUAGAAUUAGAAACGCAAAAUACGAAGCUGAACUACAGAUGCUUAAAGAAGAACUAGAUAUGUCGAGAGAAAAGUCCAGAAAUACUGCUGAGAUGUGUGGAAAACUUAAAAAUCAGUUGAAAACAGUGGAAACCGAGUGGAAUCAGAACUGGAAAAUUCUGAACGAAAAGUCCCCUUCUCUAGAGAGUGAAAUAUCUUCCCACCCAGCCAGACACCAAAGAAUAAUGAAACAACACAUAAUUCGACUAGAAAAAAGUACUAAAACUUUACACAAAGAAAAUUAUUCAUUGAAAUCGCAAAUCAUGCAAAUGGACGAAGAGCUAAAAUCUUUACAAAAAACAUUGAAAUGGAAAGAAAACGUCAAAUCGAUUCAAUCAGAUAAAGAAAAAAAUACAAAGUAUAAAAUAUUAUCAGAAAAAAUAAAUAAUUUGACAGAAGCUCAAAUAUCCAACACAAAUUCUAUCACAAAUUUAACUCAACAACUUGCAAAUUUCGAUAAAUUACAUUUAUCAAUGUUGGAACUUCUGGAAAACGUCGAAACCAUCGAAAACAAAGUAGACAAAACCCUACCAGAAUUUAGAAAAGAAAUUUCUAAGUUGGAAGUUCAGAUAACAGAAAGUUCUUCUUCGAUAUCUCUAUAUAGAGAAGACCAAAAAAAUAUGAUCGACUCAAUGAAAGCCAUAGGAUUUUCUGUUUCAAACAUGCAAGAUAAGACCGCCGGCGACCACGAACAGCUCAAGAAAAUCGAAGAACUUGUCAACAAUUUAAUUAAAUCAAAUACCGUACAAACUUCUAAGCUGCAUGAUUAUAUUCUCAAGGAAGAAUCAAGUUCAGCUAACGUUAACGCAACAAAGGCGACCAUUCACUUGGUCCAAGAAUUGAAAUCUUUCGAAAGUGAAUAUAAAAGCAUCGUCAAUAAACUUCCCAAAGAUUGCGGUAGUGUCGACGGUCCACCAGGUAUCUAUCUUAUUUCACCUGGAGAGUCCGAACCUAUUUUAGCACAUUGCGAAGACGGAUGGACGACUAUUCAAAAACGGUAUGACGGUUCGAUUGACUUCAAUAGAAACUGGAAUGAAUAUUCAAACGGUUUUGGAUCCGCAACAGGUGAACAUUGGUUAGGCAACAGGAAUCUUCAUUAUCUAACGAAGAUGAACUGUACUCAACUUCAGAUCAAUAUGAAGGAUAUCUAUAAUCAUUAUUGGCAAGCCAAUUAUAAAGAUUUUAGAGUAUCCGAUUAUUCGCAAGGUUUCAAACUGUACAUUGACCAAUACCAUGGUAACGCUAGUGACGCUUUGAAUUACCAAAACAACAUGGAAUUUUCAACUAUCGAUAACGACCGAGAUAUUUCUAAUACCCACUGCGCCAGUAAUUACGAGGGAGGUUGGUGGUUUUCUCAUUGCCAACAUGCUAAUUUAAACGGGAGAUACAACUUAGGAUUGACAUGGUUUGAUAGUGGUAGAAACGAAUGGAUAGCCGUUGCUACUAGUGAAAUGAAGAUAAAACGAAUGGACGUUUGUUAGAUAAUUAGAAGUAACAAAAUUUCCAAAGAGAAAAAAAUGCGAAAUUUUACUAAUACGAUUAGUUAAUUGUGUUCAGUGUCAAUAAUGAUUGUUAUUGAAGCUACCGCAACAAAAGAUGCAGCAAAACUUGACCAAGUCACUUAUUUAUGUACAAAUUGAAAUUAUUUAUUCGUUUCUGUUUUGGCGAAAUCCGUCGCUUAUAAAUUAUUUGAAAAUGGUGAGUUUUACCAAAUGAUAAUAUGAAAAUAAUUCAUAAAAACAUCCAUAUUUAUUGGUAAUUGUCAAUUAUAGAUAUUGCUAUAAAUCUUGAUUUUUGUAUCUUUAUAUCAGUGCUACCAACAUACAAAAUUAGGUAAUCAAAAACUACUAUUGAGUUGAACAAGUGAUUACCGAACUAACGUUUUCAACUUAUUUAAGCCCAGAAUCGUUCUUUAUUCUAUUUUUAUCUUUACGUAAUAUUACUUAAAGACAUUGAAUGAAUAUACUGAGCACACCAUUGGUUGAAUUGGUUACCAUUUACGCUUAGAACAGCAUGUUGCACUGUUAGAAUCAUUACCAUCCUUAUCCCCCGAAUCAAGAUUACUGUCAAAUCAAUUAUCACCUAUACAGGUUCAUUUUGGUCUACCAACACGUAUCACAAUACUAAAAGAUAUACUAUAAUUCUUUUUAUCUCUUUCAAUGCUGGAUAGCUCCAAAAAAUGUUUUCGACACUUUGAAAUGCAAAAACUAAAAGUAGGACCGAAGAGCUAACCUCCUCGAAGCCAGCAAAUAUUCUGGAGGUCAUUGGAACUGUGGAACUGGAACCUUAAUGAAAUGUUACUCCUAACUUGCAUCUUUGCUAAACGUUCAUCAUUUAAAAGAUCAAUGAGUUAUAUCAGUAAAGAAACAAAUAAUAUAUUAUUUUUUGAACAUAUAUUCUAAAAUAAAAAUAACCAAAAAAGCCAAUGGUGCAAAAAAUAGAGCAAAAUAAGUCAAAUCAAAAAAAUACACAUAAUAAAUAAAUGUUGAGUAAUAUCAUAUAUAAACCUAGAUUAUAGUGUAUGUAUGUUAUUAUUUUUUUCGAUUUUUUCUAUACAAAUUAUCGUUUACAUUCAUCAAUUAUUUAUUUAGUCUGCCAAACAGUAGAAAAUCUUGAAAUCGUUUUGGAGACAAUCAGCAAUUGCGUCAAUUAUUCGAAUAUUCCUAACUCAAAAGUGUGAUUGUCUACUUAAUACUUAUCAUUUAAAUCCGUUUUUUAUAUAAAAAUAAUCUAAGACAUUUCGUUAUAACCUUAAAAUGCUAAUCUUCAUCUAAGACUUUAUUUUAGGUGACUGAAUCGUUGCUUGAUUUUGUCUUGAAAUUUGUUGCGUAGAAUAAGAAUUCUAACCCUAAAUUUGUUUUUCGUAGCAUAUUAUUCUUACCUUAUACUAAUAGGGUGGGUAGGCUGAGAAAAUUUUGUAACAGAAAAGACUCAUCUUAAUUUCAUACGAGCAAUCACCUCCUGAAUUUUGUCGCAUGAAAUUAGAAACACCUA